CAUAACAAAUUUUCAAUGUUAUCAAAAUCUGGAAAAUAUUCAAUUAAAAAUGGAAAUAAUUUCUGAAUGAAAUGGAAAUGUGCUGUGUUAAAUGAUUUACAUACAAAAAUAAUUAAAAUAAUGAUAACUACCAAAACAAUUACUGUUCAAUAAAACAAGGACUAUUAAUAAAAAAACAUGUCGGAAAAUGUGGAUGUAGAAUUAUUGGUGAAUUGCACCAUUCUGGCUGUGAAGCGUUUUGAGCUUAUCUCCAUUGUAAAUAUAAGUCUGCUGCACACCCUCAACCGUACGGAUAUUAUUGGUGUUCUAACUGGUAUAAUCGAAAACAAGGAUAAUUUGGAUAGCAUAAAUGAUGCCAAAGACUUUCUUACGGAAUGCCUUUUUCCAUCGCCAACACGUCCCUACGAAUUGCCAUGGGAACAGAAGACCGUUUGGGCCAUCAUCUUUGGCUUUAUGCUGUUUGUGGCCAUUGCCGGCAAUUGCAUUGUCUUGUGGAUAGUAACGGGUCAUCGUAGCAUGAGAACGGCAACAAAUUACUUUCUGUUGAAUCUGAGCAUUGCCGAUUUGCUCAUGUCAUCGCUGAAUUGUAUUUUCAAUUUCAUUUUCAUGUUGAACUCGGACUGGCCAUUUGGCACAAUUUAUUGCACCAUCAAUAAUUUUAUGGCAAAUGUAACGGUGUCGACAUCCGUCUUCACCCUGGUGGCAAUAUCCUUCGAUAGAUACAUAGCCAUUGUGCAUCCACUGAAGCGCCGGACGUCAAGGCGUAAAGUACGCAUAAUAUUGGCAUUAAUAUGGAUUUUAAGCUGUAUCCUGUCGGCGCCCUGUCUCCUCUACUCCAACACAAUGACCAAGAGGUAUUACAAUGGCAAACAGAGAACGGUGUGCUAUAUGCUCUGGCCGGAUGGAAGAUAUCCAACAUCUAUUUUGGAUUAUGUGUACAACAUCAUCAUUCUGGUUAUCACCUAUGGCAUACCGAUGAUUGUAAUGCUAAUCUGUUACACACUAAUGGGCCGUGUUUUAUGGGGCAGCCGGUCCAUUGGCGAGACCACCGAACGUCAAAUGGAAUCGAUGAAAUCGAAACGCAAAGUGGUCCGCAUGUUUAUCGCCAUUGUUUCCAUAUUUGCCAUCUGCUGGCUGCCCUACCACCUGUUCUUCAUCUAUGCCUAUCACAAUAACCAAGUCACGUCAGCGAAAUAUGUCCAGCACAUGUAUUUGGGCUUCUAUUGGCUGGCCAUGUCCAAUGCCAUGGUCAAUCCAAUUAUUUACUAUUGGAUGAAUAAACGAUUUCGAAUGUAUUUCCAAAAAGCCAUUUGCUGCCUUUUCUUCAAUGCUGCUGCAAUACAAAUUCAUUCGCCGCGAAGUCGCAUGACACUGAACAAAAAUAGUUCGAAUAAUCAUGGAUCGAGAAUGAAAAAUGAAAAUAAACCCUAUUGGAAACGCAGCACCAUUGAGACGCAAAUACAGGUGGCCAACUCAUCGUUGCCGGAUCAAAAAAAUUCAGUAGUGAAUCACAUGGGAAAUACAUGUGGCGUGAUGUUACAUCGGAAUAGUAUAUUGGCCACCGAGAAGCUGGCGAAGACCGGUGAAGAGUCGCCGCUUUCAAUCUCCGUGCACAAUGGCCUGGAGAGGAAGAAAUUGAAGAUACGUUAUAUUUCAUGUGAUGAGGACAAUAAUGCUGUAGAAUCGUAAAUCUAAGGACAAAUUAUUUAUUUA